CCCUCCCCCAGCCCCAGACCAAAACACAACGCCCUUCCCCCCGCAAGCCCGAGGGGGGCGCUUCCUCUCGCCCCUCGGAGGCUCCGCCGGCUACCCGCCCCCCAACCCCACCCCCUCCUCCUCCUCCUCCUCCUCCUCCACCGGGGUGCGAGGUCCCUUUAAGGCGACGGCGCCUUUCUCAGGGCAGACACCCAGCGGCGGCGGCGGCGGCGCGAGCAUGGCGGACACCGACCUGUUCAUGGAGUGCGAGGAGGAGGAGCUGGAGCCGUGGCAGAAGAUCAGCGAUGUCAUCGAGGACUCGGUGGUGGAGGACUACAACUCCGUGGAUAAGACGGCCACAGUGUCCGUCAGCCUGCACCCGGUCCCGGCCCUGCCCGUCGUGGCCCACGCUCCCGUCGGAGCCCUCCUGUCCGCGACCGCCCCCGGCCACGGCGCCAAGACGCUCGUCACCCUCGUCGCCAACAACAGUGCUGGCAACCCCCUGGUGCAGCCGGGCGGGCAGCCGCUCAUCCUGGCCCAGAACCCGGCCUCCGGGCUGGGCGCCAUGGUCACCCAGCCCGUGCUGCGGCCCGUCCAGGUCAUGCAGAACGCCAACCACGUGACCAACUCGCCGGUGACCUCCCAGCCCAUCUUCAUCACCACGCAGGGGUUCCCGGUCAGGAACGUCCGGCCGGUGCAGAACACCAUGAACCAGGUGGGGAUCGUCCUGAACGUGCAGCAGGGCCAGACGGUCAGACCCAUCACCCUGGUGCCAGCGCCGGGGACGCAGUUUGUGAAGCCGACGGUCGGCGUGCCCCAGGUCUUCUCCCAGGUGGCCCAGGUGCGGCCCGGAGGCUCGCUGCCCGUGCGCCCGGCCACCAACACCUUCACCACGGUCAUCCCGGCCACGCUGACCAUCCGCAGCACCGUGCCGCAGACCCAGGCGCAGCAGACCAAGUCCACCCCCAGCACCUCCGCCGCCGGGCCGCCCCUGGCGCCCCCGCCGCCCCCCCCGCCGCCGCCCGCCCCGCCCGCCAACCCCAAGCUAGUGAGCGUCGCCAGCUUCGUCACGGUGCAGCGUGCCAGCGUGGCCAGCGAGAACAGCCACGAGGUGGCCAAGCUGGUCAACACCCUGCACACCGUGCCGUCCCUGGGUCAGAGCCCCGGGCCCAACAGCAGCCCCGCCCACGGCUCCCAGCGGCCCGGGGGGCCCGAGGGCUCGGCCAAGAAAGUGUCGUCUCCCAUCCCGACCUUCGACCUCCAGGACGGCGGCCGGAAAGUCUGCCCGCGGUGCAACGCCCAGUUCCGCGUCACCGAAGCCCUGCGAGGCCACAUGUGUUACUGCUGCCCGGAGAUGGUGGAGUUCCUGAAGAAAGGCAAGUCCCUGGACCCGGAGCCCGGCCUCCCGCCGCCGGCCAGAGCCCCGUCCCCCGAGAAGGCGGCCCCCAGCGUCCCCCCGGCCGCCUCCACGCCCGCGCCCGCCCUGUCGCCCCCGGCCCGGGCGCCCGAGCCGGGGGGCGAGGCUGCGGGCGACGGGGCCCAGAGCAAGCUCAUCAUGCUGGUGGACGACUUCUACUACGGGCGCGACAGCGGCAAGGUGGGCCAGCUGCUCAGCUUCCCCAAAGUGCCCACCUCCUUCCGCUGCCCCCACUGUACCAAGCGGCUGAAGAAUAACAUCCGGUUCAUGAACCACAUGAAGCACCACGUGGAGCUGGACCAGCAGAACGGGGAGGUGGACGUGCACACGGCCUGCCAGCACUGCUAUCGCCAGUUCACCACUCCCUUCCAGCUGCAGUGCCACCUCGAGAGCGUGCACAGCCCCUACGAGUCCACCACCAAGUGCAAGAUCUGCGAGUGGGCGUUCGAGAGCGAGCCGCUCUUCCUGCAACACAUGAAGGACACGCACAAGCCCGGGGAGAUGCCUUACGUCUGCCAGGUGUGUCAGUACCGCUCGUCGCUGUACUCGGAGGUGGACAGCCACUUCCGGAUGAUCCACGAGGACACCCGCCACCUGCUGUGCCCCUACUGCCUCAAGGUCUUCAAGAACGGCAACGCCUUCCAGCAGCACUUCAUGAGGCACCAGAAGAAGAGCGUCUACCACUGCAACAAGUGCCGCCUGCAGUUCCUCUUCGCCAAGGACAAGAUCGAACACAAGCUGCAGCACCACAAGACCUUCCGCAAGCCCAAGCAGCUGGAGGGGCUCAAGCCGGGCACCAAGGUGACCAUCCGGGCCUCCCGGGGGCAGCCGCGCACGGUGCCCCUGUCCUCCGCCGACACGCCUCCCGGCGGCCUGCAGGAGGCGGCGCCCCCGGCCACGCUCACCGACCCCCAGCCCAUCUUCCUCUACCCGCCCUUCCAGCGCAGCGCCCAGAAGAGAGCCGUCAGGAAGAUGAGCGUCAUGGGCCGGCAGACCUGCCUGGAAUGCAGCUUCGAGAUCCCGGAUUUCCCCAACCACUUCCCCACCUACGUGCACUGCUCUCUGUGCCGCUACAGCACCUGCUGCUCCCGCGCUUACGCCAACCACAUGAUCAACAAUCACGUUCCUCGGAAGAGUCCCAAGUACUUGGCUCUGUUUAAAAACUCUACUGCCAGCGGGGUCGUGUUGGCCUGCUCCUCCUGCCUCUUCGUCACCUCGGUCGGAGACGCCAUGGCCAAGCACCUGGUCUUCAACCCUUCGCACCAGUCCAGCACCUUCCGGCUGCGGGGACCCACCUGGAUGGCCCAUUCGAGGCACGGCGCGGCCCCCGACCGGGGCGUGAAGACCCCCUACCCCCCCGCCCCCGCCUGCCCCCCGAACCGCGUCUCCACUGUGAACCCCCCGCCGCCGCCCCCUCCGCCCGAGCCGCGGGAGCCGGCGGCCGCCCCCGCCCCGCCGGCCCCGGCCCCCGCCGCCGGCCCCGAGGGGGGCGAGGGCCCGAGCGGGGGGCCGGAGGGGGCGGCGGGCGGCGGGGCCAAGAAGGAGCAGCUGUCGGUGAAGAAGCUGCGGGUGGUCCUGUUCGCCCUGUGCUGCACCACGGAGCAGGCGGCGGAGCACUUCCGCAACCCGCAGCGGCGCAUCCGGCGCUGGCUGCGGCGCUUCCAGGCCUCGCAGGGGGACAGCCUGGAGGGCAAGUACCUGAGCCUGGAGGCCGAGGAGAAGCUGGCCGAGUGGGUGCUGACCCAGCGCGAGCAGCAGCUGCCCGUCAACGAGGAGACCCUCUUCCAGAAGGCCACCAAGAUCGGGCGGGCGCUGGAGGGCGGCUUCAAGAUCUCGUACGAGUGGGCCGUGCGCUUCAUGCUGCGCCACCACCUGAGCCCCCACGCCCGCCGGGCCGUGGCCCACGCCCUGCCCAAGGAGGUGGCGGAGAGCGCCGGGCUCUUCGUCCAGUUCGUCCAGCGGCAGGUGCGCACGCAGGCCCUGGCGCCGGCCAUGAUCGCGGCCGUGGACGAGGUCUCCCUCUUCCUGGACGCGGAGCUGCUGGGCGGGGACGACCGCAAGGAGAACGCCCUGCAGACGGUGGGCACCGGCGAGCCCUGGUGCGACGUGGUGCUGGCCAUCCUGGCGGACGGCCGCCUGCUGCCCACCCUGGUCCUCCACCGGGGCCGGGCCGAGCCGCCGGGCCGGGGGCCGGGCCCGGGCCCGCGGCUGCUGCUGGAGGCCCGCGAGGGCGGCUACGGCGACGACGAGCUCAUGGAGCUGUGGGCCGAGCGCGUCUGGCAGAAGCACGCGGCCGGCCAGCGGCGGCCCGGCCCGGCCAAGGGCCUGCUGGUCCUGGACUGCCACCGCGGCCACCUGGCCGAGGAGGUGCUGGCCCUGCUGGGCGGCUGCGGCACCCUGCCCGCCGUGGUGCCCGCCGGCUGCAGCUCCCGCGCCCAGCCGCUGGACGUGUGCAUCAAGCGCGCCCUCAAGAGCUUCCUGCACAAGAAGUGGCGCGAGCGGGCGCGCCAGCUGGGCGAGGGCCCCGGGGACGCGGCCGCCCUCCUGCCGCUGGUGCUGGGCUGGCUGGCCGAGGCGGUGGCCGUCAUCGGCGACUGCCCGGACCUGGUGCGCCAGUCCUUCCUGGUGGCCGGGGUCCUGCCCGGCCCCGACGGGGCCGCCGGCUCGCCCAGGCGCAACGCCGACAUGCAGGAGGAGCUCAUCGCCUCCCUGGAGGGGCAGCUGCAGCUGGUCGGUGCCCGCAACACCCGCAACGCCCGCCGGGCCCGCUCCGCCCCCGCCCCGCCCCGGCCGGGCCCGGAGGAGAAGGCGCACCCCGAGAGCCUGCACCAGCUCUUUGAGGGCGAGAGCGAGACCGAGUCCUUCUAUGGCUUCGAGGAGGCCGAUCUGGACCUCAUGGAGAUCUGAGCGCCGGGGCCUUGGGGGGGCGGGGAGGGGGGCCGGACCCCGGGAGGGACGGGGCGGGGAACGGGACGGGGACGUUUUCAUCUCCCUCUCCCCGCCCCCCCCAUUGCACCCCGUCUCGCGCCACCCGGGCAUCGUCCCCGCGUGGAAGCCGGAGGCCUUGCCGCGGCCGGCCGGGCCGGGGGCCAGGG